UAUAUAACAGCCGGCCCGCACGCCAUUUCAUUCCGAUGGAGUGCAGCCUCCCAUAGACUGCUCUCUACACAGCUAUUGUACAAACACAUCAUUCAGGACCUUUUUCCCCCGUAGACCAACACCGUACACCAACGUUGCUUGUCUUUUGUAUUCGGCAAACCCGGCAACGCGGGAUAAACAAUCCGUGACGUUGACGGUGCUAGUUGCGAAUUAACCGGCACAACGCGACGGAUUUAGUGGACUAAUUUAGCACACACCGCGCGCGCGGGGGAGGGGUGUUUAUCGCACCUUUAUCGCCGAUUCCUGUGCGACGUAUUAAUCAUCCCGCUCGUUGGUAUAUAUACACAUGGUACAGCAGAAGAUGGGUGCCACAUUAUCCGUUUUCACGCCGACUGGCGGGAGUAAUUUGUCCGCACCGACCAAGGUAGCCAGUGUAUUCUCCUAUCAAAGCCUGCCAUCGAGUAAAGCCGUACAGGACACCACCGGAGCCGCUCGCAAUAUGAUUGCGCAACACUUCCACAUCAUGAACACCAACACCUUGAAGAAGCUCAUCAGUUCCGGUGCGCUGAGCCGUGCUAAACGGAAUAGUAAGGCACGGAUUCUGCCGGAAGAUCUGGUACUGAAACGAGCUGAUUCGGAAAAGGUCAUCGAGAGGACACAUCAGAUUGCACAGGAAGACCUUUCUCGUAUAACCCGCGAAUCUGACAACAAAGAGAAUGUAAAAGCCGACACAGCAGAUGUCAAAGAGGAAGUCCCGCGGAUUGUUAAGCGCACCGUUCUGCAGGCCUCCACCUCGGAGCUGCUGCGCUGUUUCGGCAUCUUCUUACACGGUCGCUUCCGCAACCUGAACGGCGACUUCUCCCCACAGGAUCCGCCGUUGUGGCUGCGCGGUCUGGACCGUAACCUGAUCGCCCAGGGCUGGCAGGACAUUGGUUUCAUCAAUCCGGCCAACAUUGUCUUCCUCUAUCUGCUCCUGCGCGAUCUCAGGAUGGAACACGCCAAAUCCAUCCGGCAACUGCAGGCCCACGUGCUGACGGCCUUAUACCUAUCCUAUUCCUAUAUGGGACACGAAAUCUCCUAUCCGGUGAAAUUAUUCUUAUAUGCCGAUGAGAAUAAGGAUGAUUUCUGGAAGCGCUGCCUGCACAUGAUCGACGUACACAGCGCCAACAUGCUGCGAUUAAACUCCGAUUCGGGAUAUUUUGCCAAGAUCUUCGCCGAGCUGAAGUCGUUCGGCGCCAUUAAACCGGUUCAAUACGUUCUCUGAUAAUCAAAAUCCACAAAAGGCUUAUCUUUAUUUUUUUCUAGUUUUUCUGUUUCGUUCUUCCGGGAGAAGAAAGGUCACGCUGUUAUAUUUUUUCCGUAUCACGCCCGGUAACCGGCAUUUCUUGAUUGUUGAAUCUAUAUAUUAUAUAUAUGAUUCUAUAAUUCGUAUGGUUUCCAAGAAGCGCAUGCUUUUCUUGCUCAGUUUGUGUGAGAAUGGGGUGUCUAUAUAAUACUGUUCGACAACGAUUGAUAAUACAGCUGAAGGUUAUAUAAACCGUUUUCAUAUAAGACAUUUGACUCGGCGCGUGGAUGCUGAGGAAUAAAUUGA